AUGGACGGCCUUUUCGUGGAGGAGGUGGCCGCCUCGCUGGUGAGGGAGUUCCUCAGCAGGAAGGGCUUAAAGAAGACGUGUGUGACCAUGGACCAGGAACGCCCACGCUCUGACCUCAGCAUAAACAGCAGACAAGACCUCCGUAAGGUUUUGCAUCUCGAAUUUCUAUACAGGGAAAACAAGGCAAAGGAAAAUCCCCUAAAAACAAGCCUUGAACUCAUAACCAGAUACUUUCUGGAUCGCUCAGAUAGCAAUCCAACUCAAGAAACUCAAAUUCCUGCACUCGCAGUUCCAAAGAAGAACAACAGAUUGCCACUAAGAUGCUCAGAGAGCACACUUGUAAACAUAUAUGACCUGGAGGAUGAAGACAUAGGAUGGAGAAUGUCACAUUCAGAAGCAAGCAAAGCCAGACAUGACAGUCAUGAUGGGGAUGUGCUCAGUAAUUCUGUGUCAUACAAAAGGCCCAUACACAGAGAGAAUGCCACGUCCACAGGCCCAGGUGGAAGCCCCUCCUUGACUUCUAUGUGGGAGAAGAUGGUCCAGCUUCCUUCACCAGAGCCUGCCAUGGAUGGGAAGAAGCCAGGGGAGAAGACCAGGCCGAAGGCUGGCCUGAUUGUCCGAGGCAUGAUGGCUGGGCCCAUGGCCAACUCCCCACAGGACUCUUUGCGCAAACGCUCUCUGAGGCGAUUUCCACCCUCAAACGUCAAGACCCAGCCCACAGAGGAGGAGAGGCCAUUGGUACACAAGAUUUCUGCCCUUGCCCCCGCCUGUGCAGGCUCUCAGGGGGUACUGGCUUCCAGCAGCAGUUCUGCCUCCAGGAGCCCCCCAGGCCAGCAGAGCAAACCCAUCAUGGAGAAGCUGGAAAUUACCCCCAGCAGACAAGAGCAGCCCCUACAGGACAGACUCAAGCUGAGGGGUCCUUCAGAGGACAGCUCAGUAGAAGAUGGUCCUGCAGAGGUACCCUGGAAGAUGCACUUAUCUGGUGGGAAUUCAAAGACCACCCAGGAGCUACUGGAAAGAACCUUCAAGCAGCAGGACAGCCAGGCUCUUCCUCUCAGGAAUAAUCGAUUGGUAUCUGACAAAGUGGAUGAUGAGCUGGGUGCCCUUCGGCUUGAGGACAUAGAGGAUGAAUUGGUGAGGGAAGAAAUCAUUCUGUCUCCUAGCCCAUCAGUGCUCAGAUUACAAAUAGCAUCAGAGCCAAUUGACCUUGCACUGGCAAAGGAAGUCAAGACCCUUCUGUUUGGUUCUGCUUUUUGCUGUUUCAAUGAAGAGUGGAAGCUUCAGAGUUUUUCCUUUAACGACAGUGACUCACUAAAAUACGGCAUUGUGCAGAACAAGGGUGGCCCCUGUGGGGUGUUGGCUGCUGUCCAAAGCUGUGUGCUACAAAAACUCCUGUUUGAAGGAGAGAGCGGAGCCACUCGCCCUCGGCUGCUGCAGCCUUCAGAUGCCCAGAGGACACGCUGCCUCACCCUGGCCAUCGCAGACAUCCUGUGGCGGGCUGGGGGCCACCAGCGAGCCGUGGUCACAUUGGCUUCAGGAACACAGCAGUUCAGUCCAAUGGGAAAAUACAAAGCAGAUGGAGUCUUAGAAACACUCAUGCUCCAUAGUUUGACCUGCUUUGAAGAUCUGGUGACUUUUCUUCAACACAGCAUUCAGCAGUUUGAAGCAGGCCCAUUCGGCUGCAUCUUGCUCACCCUGUCUGCCAUCCUGUCCAGGUCCCCAGAGCUUGUCCGUCAGGACUUUGAUGUCCCCACCAGCCACUUGAUUGGAGCACAUGGCUACUGCACACAGGAACUCGUCAAUCUGCUCCUGACCGGGAGGGCCGUGUCCAAUGUUUUCAACGAUGUGGUGGAGCUGGACUCCGGGGAUGGGCGCAUCACACUGCUCCGUGGCAUUGCUGCACGGAGUGACGUUGGCUUCUUAUCUCUCUUUGAGCACUACAACGUAUGCCAGAGAGGACUGUCGCAGAGUGGGGUGGUGAUGAUGGUGGUGGUGGUGAGGGCAGCGGGGGUGUCGAAUACCACUCGGGCCACCCCUGAGGAUAACCACAACGACCUUGUCCCUCCACUGGAGCUCUGCAUAAGAACCAAGUGGAAGGGGGCUUCUGUGAACUGGAAUGGCUCAGACCCCAUCCUGUGACCCUUGGAUGCACCUAAGUUCUACAGCUCCAUUGCUCAUCACCAGCAGCCCUUGCACCUCAAGCCUUGUACAAGUCUCUGAAAGUCAUCUCCACUGAGGCCAGCAUGACCACAGACGUGUAAAGAGGCUCCAUUACCCCCUCUCCGAAGGGCCUGCCCAGGCCCCGGGGGGCCCCAGCGCACUGUGGAGAUUUUCUUCUGCCAAGCAGCAACUGCCAAAGACAGGAUUGUUCCUUGAAGGCCUUAGAUAUGGGUGGCCAUGCAUUCUAUAAAGCAAGAGUCAAAUCUG